AUUCUGGUCACUCGCAAAGAGAGACCCAAAUAGCUUCAUUUCGCUCUAUAAAUACCUUUACGAUGCAGCGAACCAUUUUCUAUAAUUUUAUGCAACCACAGAAAGGAAGAAAAAGUUCAAACGAACCAAAAUUCAAGGUAUUGCCCAACAAAAAUCCAAGAUUUUUACGACAUUUAAACCCUCCAGCAUAGCAACUAUAAAGCAGCAGCUGCUUCAGCUUCAGCUUUGCCUUUUAGCCAUGGCGGAUGAGUUCAAUACAGCCACAAAUUGGUGGGAUUCUUCUAGGAACAGGUUUGAUAGUGGCUCUUCUUCUUCGUCUUCAGGGCUUAAUAGUUUAGGAAGCUUUGCUUGGCCAUCAGAAGUUGUGGAUGUCAAAGGAAGACCUUCUAUCGAGUCUUCUUCCGUUUCAGAUAGUUCUGUAGUUUUUCAUGAUACCCAGAAGCUGCAACAAGGCCAUGAUUCUGGUGCUGACUUGCACAUGAUGGGUUUAGGUCUCUCUUCGCAGGCCAUGGAUUGGAACCAAGCUUUAUUUCGUGGAGAUAAGGGUGAGAGCAGCUUCCGUUCGAUGCUGCAAGAGAACUUGAAUUCGAGCACGAGUUAUCAUCAGCAUGAAACUGGGAUUGGAUCAUCUCAAGUUCAGUGGAGAGAGAGAAUGUUCAGUGGGGCUAGUGGCGAUCCUUCGAUGAAUCAUGAGUUUAAGCAAAUCAACAGAGGUUUCUCUUUAGAUCAACCGCAGUUCAGCCCUCAUGGGAGCUCUAGUGAUAGUACGGUGACAUGUCAAGGCUUGCAAUCGUCUGGGUUCCAAAUGGAUUCAACAGCUAUAUAUGGAAGCACUUCGACGAUGUUUCAAGGUCUACUGGGAUCUGAUAAUCAACAACAGCAGCAGCAACAGUGUUCUUUCGAGAACCGAUCCAUGAGCUAUCCAUAUGGGGCAAAUUAUGGAAUUACAAGUAAUGAAUUGGUGCCUUCUUGGUCUAAUAAGGUGCCUCAGUUCUUGAGAAAUUCACCCCCUAAACAGUCUCCACAUAGCCAAUUGCAUUUCUCCAAUAACGCACCCUUCUGGAAUGCAUCUGCAAAUUCCAUGAAUGAUGUCCGUCCAAGCUUUUUCCCAAUCCAACAGCAAUUUCCAGCAACAAAUUUCGAAGAAAAACCAAAGCAGAAUAUAUCUGAAGUACGGGAUUCGAGUACAACAUUGAAGAAAGGUGCGAGUGAACCAGCAACAAAAAGGCCUCGGAAUGAAACACCAUCACCCAUGCCAGCCUUUAAGGUGAGGAAAGAGAAGAUGGGGGACAGAAUCACUGCACUCCAACAAUUGGUUUCGCCUUUCGGAAAGACUGAUACUGCUUCAGUGCUCUCAGAAGCUAUUGAAUACAUCAAAUUCCUCCAUGAGCAAGUCACUGUCCUAAGCACACCAUACAUGAAAAGUGGAGCUCCAAUGCACCAUCAGCAGUCGGACAAGUCCAACAAGGACCCAGAAGGACAAAAACAAGAUCUUAGGAGUCGAGGACUGUGUCUGGUUCCAAUUUCGAGCACAUUCCCAGUAACCCAUGAGACAACAGUUGAUUUUUGGACUCCUACAUUUGGAGGAACAUUCAGAUAGAAAGAAAGAGAAAUGGGUGAAACUGAGGAACUAACAGAUUCUACAAAAAGUAGCAACAACAGCAGCAGGUGUACAUGAUCUGAUAAAAAACCCUACCCAAGUUGGGAAAGAUGAGAUUAUAAACAAGGAUAACAAAGAAGUGGAAGAAAACACAGAUACACAUAGAGAUAUGACAGUCAAAGUCCAAGAAACUGAAGGAAAAUAUAGAGAGAAACUGUGAAAGAGAAAGAAAAGGGAAUGAAAGUUCAUUGUUUGGGCAGCAUAAGGACCAUUUGGAAGCAUAUUAAUUUGUUGUAAUAAUUGAAGAAUUAUAUAUAUAUAUAUAUAUAUAAAUUAGUAUAGGGGUUGAUCAUAA